UCCCUGCAACACUUCACUCAACACAAGACCUCAGCGCCGAGCCUCAAGAUGGUGUCCAAGAUUGUUGUGGCCACACUCGCCCUCACCUGUGUCUUGGCCUCUACCAUGGCCACUCCUCUACCUGACCCCGGCUAUGGCCAUGGUGGACACGGAGGCGGUUACGGCCAUGGUGGACACGGAAGCGGCUAUGGCCAUGGUGGCCACGGAGGCGGUCAUGGCCAUGGUGGAUACGGAGGCGGUCAUGGCCAUGGCGGACACGGGGGCGGUUAUGGCCAUGGUGGACACGGAGGCGGCUAUGGCCAUAGUGGACAUGGAGGCGGCUAUGGCCAUGGUGGACACGGAGGUGGCUAUGGCCAUGGUGGACACGGAAGCGGCUAUGGCCAUGGUGGACACGGAGGUGGCUAUGGCCAUGGUGGACACGGUUGGUAAGCAGGAAUGGUUGACUGACACGAGACGAUGAAAUGAAGUGUAGCAACGAGAGAAUAUUUUAUUAUCCUACUAUAAAAUGUAAAUAAUGAAGAGAUAAUAAUAUGCAAGAAAAGUG